GAAGGGACUGUCCGGCAGCUGCAGCCACUGCUCUGUGUGGGGAUCAUGGCACUUCUGCUAUUGUGUGCGCUUCUGGUGAUGGCGGCACAGGUGCCUGCCCUGUGGCCUGGUGUCAUUUCCUUUUGCCGCUGGCUCCUUGGCAGGUGUGACGCCAGCCCAGGGUGGGAUCCUGAACCUGAACAAGAUGAUCAAGCAAGUGACUGGGAAGACGCCUAUCUUGUCCUACUGGCCCUACGGCUGUCACUGCGGACUUGGUGGCAGAGGCCAGCCCAAAGAUGCCACAGAUUGGUGCUGCCAUGCCCACGACUGCUGCUACGCCUACCUGAAGGCCCACAAAUGCCGGAUCCAUUCGGACCUCUACAAGUACAGCUUUUCCCAGGGCGACAUCCACUGCUCCAGCCACGGGACCUGGUGUGAGCAGCAGCUGUGCGCCUGUGACAAGGAGAUGGCCUUCUGCCUGCAGCGCAACCUGGGCACCUACCAGAAGAGCUGGCGCUACCUCAGGCGGGCCAGCUGCCAGGGUCAGAAACCGGGAUGCUGACCGCCCAUUGGUCCCUGUGCCCCUGCCCAUUUCUCUGCGUUCUGAAGGCCGGAAGUUCCACGUGAUCGUUGACAUCCCUGUCACGGUACCCACCCACCUGCACCAGUUGGUUGUUAAAGCACUCCUUAGGGGAGGGCAUCCCAGCCUGCCCUGUUACCUGCCAUUGUCACUCUGAGGGUGGAUCAGGACCUUGGGAAAAGCCAAGGUGCUAGCAGAUGUUGGUGCUUCUUUCAGAUUCUCUCCUGGCCCCAGAGUGCACCCCCUCAUCCCCGUCUGUCCCCCCAACCCCGCCACCUGCAAAGCCAGGCAUCAGCCACCAAGUGCUCACAUCCUUUUGUCUGGGCCUGUGUCUAAAGGAACCUCCCUGGGCCCCAGCUCCUGGGAGCAUAUAGACCAGGAGGCUGUAAGGGCCAGUCCCCUUGCUCCGUGUAGGCCCAUCUCAGUGCUCCGACAGCCCAGAGCCCUGGGAGUGUGCUGAGGCCAGACACCUCCUGGGGCCUCCUCUCUGCUUAGUCUCACCCACGACCUGGCCUGUUCUCCUGGUGGCCUCCCAGGUUUCCCUGGGGAGAGUCCUUCAAUAAAUGGCUUGCAUAAGAA